AAUGUGUUUUUGUCAAGGAAAGUAAUCUUCACCAGUUUUGUUCCUGGUUAGCUGUUUUUGCAAUAGUUUCCAACAAUACUUUUUACUAAGUACGAUAAAAAUGCACAGGGUUUUCCUUUUAUUUCUUUGUCUUACCUUGUUGUUUGCUGUUGCAUUAUCCGAGACACCCCAACAUAUCGUGAACAAGUAUAAAAACUAUCGCACGAUAUGCAGUGGACUGGGAUACAAAGACGAAUCUUGUCCAAGCAAGGGUGUUAUCGCAUUCCAAGUCAUGCUUCAGAAUCGCUUAUCAAAUCUUGGAAAGUAUCAGACUGUUAAAUUUGACACAGUGAAGCUAAAUGAAGGAUCAGGAUAUGACGUCAAAACGGGAAAAUUUACUGCUACAGAGGAUGGGGUUUACUCCUUUAGCUGGAAUAUUCUGGCUUACUCGGGAAAGACGUCUCACACUGAGAUUGUUAAGGAUGGCAAUAUCGUUGCUUAUAAUUACGCCGAUGGUAGAAUAGUAAAGAGUGGUCAUUACCUGACAAGCUCGUCCACGGUUAACAUUAAAAUGAAGAAAAAAGAACAGGUGUGGAUCAGAGCACACGACAAGCACGGGCAAUACAUACAUGGCAACUUUUGGUCAUAUUUUUCAGGCUUUAAAUUGUAGUCAUCAGAUCGAUAUUGGUAAUAAAGUUACGCACU